UCUCUAGAUAGUAUUAUUUAGUCGCGGGCUACCAGGCAACCAACCUUUCUUCAUCCCACGCGUGUGACCCAUUCCGAACGGCACAGAAUACAAUUCAACGGAAGAGAAACAAGAAACAAGAAGGAAUGGGAGCAAUCACAAGCGCAGUCAUAGCAGUAGCUGCUGUAAUUCUAGGUUGGAUCACCAUCGAAAUCGCAUGUAAACCUUGUCUUGAACAAGGCCGUGAAGCCAUCGAUCGGAAUCUCAACCCCGAUUACGAUCCCGACGACGAUAUCCGAGCACCACUCAACCCCGCCUCCGCCCCCGAUGACGCCACCGCCUCUUCCACCGCCCCUAAAUUCGUUUCAUAAUUCAUCGUCAAUGUUCCCUGGUAUUGUUUUUAUCAUGAACACGAAAAAUUAAUUUUUCAGUUUUCGUGUGUAUUAUAUAGCUGAUUUGAGAAUUGUAUCCAUUGUUGUUGAAAUAUCAAUGGGUUGUUAAUGGAUGUAACUAGCUAUCGUUUAUUGUUUUUGAUUCAGACGCUUCUUCAA